AUAAGUCGACCGAUCACACAUGAAAGCACGAAUUUUGAUGUUCUGUGACGCGAACAGAACCCGUAAUCGCCUCCACCAGAUCAGAUAACCCUAACCCUCCUGUUCUUCCCGUUCCAACCCGCACUCCUCGCUCGAUCGUCUCGUCUCCUGCGAAUUGGGGGAAUCCAACCUCAACCCAUCUCUUCGCCGCACUGAUCACGAGAGGGCGCGAUCGAGCGAGCCCCGGAUCCGUCCUCCAUGGCGGCCUCGACCCCAACCCACAUCGAACCAUCCCCACCUGCCGCUCCUGCUGCUGCCGAUCCCCCGCGCAAACUCCCCAUCAAGCGCAAGAAGGCACCCCAUCCGACGCCUAUUCCCUCCCCCGGUCCACCGAUCGCCGCCGAUCACGGCUUCGAUGAGGAUGAUGAUGGCGAUGACGACGAUUUCGAAGCGGUAGCGGCUUCCGCCGGCGACCAGAUCGACGUGCGAUCCGCCGCAGCUGCUCCCUUCCGGUUCCAGCGCGUGUGGUCGGAGUCGGAGGAGAUCCGCUUCCUCCAGGGCCUCCUGGGCUGCUGGUCGCAGGGUCUGGUCUUCCCGCGUGACCUCAACCUCUUCUUCGACCGCUUCUCCGAGUCCAUGCCCCAGCCCUAUACCCGGUCGCAGCUCUCUGAGAAGCUCCGCCGCCUUCGCAAGAAGUUCCGCGUCACGUCCGCCCGCGUCGCCCGUGGCCAUGACCCCGCACGCCUCGCCCCCCACGACCGCGAUGUCCUCCACCUCUGCACCCGCCUCUGGCACCCGUCCUACGCCGCCUCCUCCCCAUUCUCCGCCCCCGACGUCCUCGCCCCCGGCGGCGGCGGCAACAAGCGCCGCCGCCCCAAUCCCCGACCCCCCUCCGGCCAGGACGUCCUGUCUCCCCUGCCCGCCCCUCCAUCUCCCGUGCCUGUUGCAACAUUGCCGCCUCCCCCGGCCCUGUUUCCUCCUACUGACGAAAAGGUGGGCUGUACCGCUGCCAGCACCUCCAUGAACGCAGCACACCUUGGAUUAAAGGUGGGGAAGGAGCCUCUGCCGCCUGGGAUGGGUGCCGAUGAGGCUGCUGUGGGCAAGGAUGAGACAAGGCAUCUGAUGGCGAAAAUUGUCUUAAGUGUGUUUGAUGCGUGCCUUGCAGAGCUCAAGGUGACGGCGGCCAGCCAGGGGCUCGGUUGCCAGGGGAAUGACCUGGAAAAGAGAUGGCAGGAGCAGCGCGUCUCUGAGAUGGACGUCUUGGCUCGUCGCUUGAGGAUGGUUCUCGAGAAAGCUAUUCAGAACUGAACUGUUGCACGGGUAAUUAUGAUCUUCUUAAGAGAACCAAAUCAGAUGCUUCUCUAUUAGUUCAUUUUCGAAUCUCAACUGCUCUCUAUCUAUGCAUUGCUCUCCAAGUCUAUACACCAUCAUUCUGUAGCUUUGUGGUUGAGAUGCAACCUAAUUUUGCGUGAUCCUCCGAUGGUCGCCAUAUUUUAACAGCCCAAUCUGUUAUUGUUGAUAGCAUGGUGGCUCAAAUGUCUCUCACAAUCUGUUUGAUUUGACCUGUAUGCUUCCAUCUGCAAGUUCAUACUAUAUAUUAUAGUUCUCGGAUAGUUCUAAGCUGCAUCCGGGCUUAAUAGUUCA